GGGGUGUCUCUUGCGGUGCAAAGGGAGGCAGGGAGUUCUCGGUCUAGCGAAGGGAGGGACAGAUGCCAAAUCUUCGUGCAGGCUCGAUCUUCUAACUCCCGGGAGAGGGAGAGGCCGGAUCCCAUAUUAUCCUGCCGCUUGUUUCCAGGCACGCAGCUGAUAGCGGGAAAGCCGUGCUCCAGAUCAGCCGUGUUGCCCCAAGAUUAAAUCCAGAUCCUCGGAGAGGAGGAAGGGUCCUGGGGGAAUCCUUCACGCCCCAUAUCCUCGGUAAAGUUCCCGAGUGGUGGUGGUGGUGGUGGUGAAUUGGGAGAUUGCUUUCCUGGCAACUCUCAAGCAGGACAUAAGAAAAUGGCUGCAAGGGAGGAACUGCAGAAGGUUGUGCCUGCAUUCUCCUUAUGUGCUGGAUGACACUAAAAUCGGGAUGGAUCCUCAGCAGUUCAAUUUAUCUUAGGAGGGUGAGUGAACCAGGACAUCAUCAACCGCUGUGUUUCUUUGACUGCAGCUCCUGCAGUUGAUCACUCUGUUUUAUUUAUUUGUUCAAAUAUUUUGUGCUUAGAGCAUGUUGUCUGAAGUUGCCCUGCCUGUAAUUGUGUGAUUCAGCUCUUAAAAAGCAAACCCUGAAGAAAGGGAAAUGGAACAUCCUAAAGCAAGUCAUUUCAUUUUAUGUGAACUGCACUUUCAUGGCUGGUUAACCCAUUAGAGUUUGGCAUGUUGUGUGAACCCGGCUUGUAGGUUUUUAUAAAGCAAAUCCUACCUUGAUCACAUGAACUCGGGACACUAAAACCCUCAUAAAUACAUGCCAGUGUCCAAGUGUCCAAAUGCUUCAAUGGUCAUAAAUUUGAAAAACAAUCAUAAGUCACUUUUUUGGUGCCGUUGUAACUUUGAACGGUCAUUCUACAAAUGGUUGUAGGUCAACUACCUGUAAUAAAAAUGGGAUACAAAUAAAUAUUAGAUAUUCAUGCACAGGCACUAACUGCUCAUUGCCACUAUAAUCCUAUACUAUCUUAGAAAAAUACUGGAAUGAAAAGGUCUUAGGAGAUCCACAAGAUUCCCUGGACCGAUUUGGAGUUGCAUUACAGGUCAGAAAAAGAAUGGAAAGUGAACCUUUAGCAAGUGAGGGAACGGGAAAGGGCACUUUUGGUAUCAGGCCUGGGAGCCGUAGGGAGAUCUGGGCAAGAACUGGGCAGAAGAUCCAGGAGGAGAAAACCACCCUUUCAGACAUUCAGCCCUGGAAAUUCAGGAGUGUCCAAUAUCAGGAGGAUGAAGGUCCCCGAGGGCUUUGCAGCAGACUCUACUGCUAUUGUAGCCGAUGGUUGAGACCAGAAAAGCACACAAAAGAGAAGAUGCUGGACUUGGUUGUUCUGGAGCAGUUCCUGGCCCUUCUGCCCCUUCAGAUGGAGAGCUGGGUGCGAGAGUGUGGAGCAGAGACUACCUGCCAGGCAGUGGCCCUGGUGGAAGGCUUCCUCCUGAGUCUGGAGGAGGAGAAGAAGGAGCAGGUUGAGUUACAGUCCUUUGCAGUGAAGACCAGAGAUCCCGAGGGAAGGAGGCAUCCAUCAAAUCUCCCUCAAGAACUGUUUUUCAGGAGGAUCUGUCAGGAAGUUCCCAAUCAGGACAUCUCAAUAGGUAAGAAUAGAAGAAAGUUGACUCUUCCUUAUGGUGGAGCUGGAACAAUGAUUGAACCUCCAACUCAGCAGGACCUUGUCUCCUUUGAGGAGGUUGCUGUGUAUUUCUCCGAGGAGGAAUGGUCUGUGCUGGAUCCUGACCAAAAAGCACUCCAUUGGGAAGUCAUGAUGGAAAAUUAUAGGAAUGUGACCUCUCUUGGCACUUAUGGGCAGAAGAAUAAAGAUUCAGUCGAACCAUUCCAAUUUAUCAGACAUGGAAAAGGAAUGGAGAAACAUGCAGUUCAAAUGGAACUAGAAAACUGUGAGCGAAACCAGUCAUAUAACUGGAAUAAGGGAAGCUCAUCUUCCAUUGAUGCACAGAUUCAAGACGUUCAUAUCCAACAAGGCAAACACAAGAAAAAAUACAUUGGGAAAGGUGUAGGACUAUUCAAAAACACAUUCAAUAUAAAUAAGCACCAUCCAACCCAAACGAAAGGAGAAGAUUAUAUAUGCAGGGAUGAUGGAAAAAAUUACAAUGGGACUUUCGGUCUUUCUCGAGAUAAUGGGUCCCUGACAUCUCAUAAAAGGAUCCACAUGGGAGAGAAGCCAUUUAAAUGCAUGGUGUGUGGAAAAGGCUUCAGCCAGCAGAGUAACCUUAGUUCCCAUAAAAGAAUCCACACAGGGGAGAAGCCUUAUAAAUGUAUGGAGUGUGGAAAGACCUUUACUCAGAGCGUUCAACUUACUUGCCAUAAAACGAUCCAUACAGGGGAAAGACCAUAUAAAUGCAUUGAAUGUGGAAAGUGCUUCAGUCAACCCAGUAGUCUUACUGUUCAUAAAAGGAUCCACACAGGGGAGAAGCCAUAUAAAUGUGUGGAGUGUGGAAAAACUUUUAGUUACAGUGGUCAUCUUACUUCACAUAAAAAGAUCCACACAGGGGAGAGACCAUAUAAAUGCAUGGAAUGUGGAAAGACCUUUAGUCGUAACAUUCAACUUACUUCCCAUAAAAGGAUCCACACAGGGGAGAAGCCAUAUAAAUGCUUGGAAUGUGGAAAAGGCUUCUGUGAAAACUGGUCUCUUACUGUUCAUAAAAGGAUCCACACGGGAGAGAAGCCAUAUAAAUGCAUGGAGUGUGGAAAGGGUUUCAGCCAACAUAGUAAUCUUACUUCCCAUAAAAGGAUCCACACAGGAGAGAAGCCGUAUAAAUGCUUGGAGUGUGGAAAGACGUUUAUUUAUAGCAGUCAUCUUACUUCCCAUAAAAGGAUCCACACAGGGGAGAAACCAUAUAAAUGCAUGGAGUGUGGAAAGACCUUUACUCAUAACAUUCAGCUUACUUCCCACAAAAGAAUCCACACAGGGGAGAAACCAUUUACAUGCAUGGAGUGUGGAAAGGGCUUCAGCCAACAUGGUAAUCUUACUUCCCAUAAAAGAAUCCACACUGGGGAGAAACCAUUUAAAUGCAUGGAAUGUGGAAAGACCUUUACUCAUAGCAGUCAACUUAUUCCGCAUAAAAGGAUUCACACUGGGGAAAAGCCAUAUGCAUGUAUGGACUGUGGAAAGACUUUUACUCAUAGCAUUCAACUUAAUUCCCAUAAAAGGAUCCAUACAGGGGAGAAGCCAUAUAAAUGCAUGGAGUGUGGAAAGGGCUUCAGCCAACACAGUAGUCUUACUUCCCAUAAAAGGAUCCACACAGGGGAGAAGCCAUUUAAAUGUAUGGAAUGUGGAAAGGGCUUCACUUACAGCAGUCAUCUUACUUCCCAUAACUGGAUCCACAUAGGGGAGAAGCCAUUUAAAUGCAUGGAAUGUGGAAAGUCCUUUACUUAUAGCAGUCAUCUUACUUCCCAUCAAAGGACCCAUACUGGGGAGAAGCCAUUUAAAUGCAUUGAGUGUGGAAAGGGCUUCAGCCAACGCAGUAAUCUUACUUCCCAUAAAAGGAUUCAUACAGGGGAGAAGUUAUAUAAAUGCAGGGAGUGUGGAAAGGGCUUCAGCAAACCAAGUCAUCUUACAUCCCAUCAAAGGAUCCACACAGGGGAGAAGCCAUAUAAAUGCAUGAAGUGUGGAAAGGGCUUCAACAACCAGAGUAAUCUUAAAUCCCAUCAAAGGAUCCACACAGGGGAGAAGCCCUAUAAAUGCAUGGAGUGUGGAAAGGAUUUCAGAACAAGCUGGGAAUUUACAUCCCAUCAAAGGAUCCACACAGGAGAGAAGCCCUAUAAAUGCAUGGAGUGUGGAAAGGGCUUCAACAACCAGAGUAAUCUUACAUCCCAUCAAAGGAUCCACACAGGGAAGAAGCCCUAUAAAUGCAUGGAGUGUGGAAAAGGCUUCUAUGAAAACUGGUAUCUUACUGUUCAUAAAAGGAUCCACACAGGGGAGAAGCCAUAUAAAUGCAUGAAGUGUGGAAAGGGCUUCAACACCCAGAGUCAUCUUACAUCCCAUCAAAGGAUCCACACAGGAGAGAAGCCCUAUAAAUGCAUGGAGUGUGGAAAGGGCUUCAGCCAACCCAGUAAUCUUACUUCACAUAAAAGGCUCCACACAGGAGAGAAGCCAUACAAAUGCUUGGAGUGUGGAAAGACAUUUAUUUAUAGCAGUCAUCUUACUUCCCAUAAAAUGAUCCACACAGGGGAGAAACCAUAUAAAUGCAUGGAGUGUGGAAAGUGCUUCAGGACAGGCAGUGAACUUACAUCCCAUCAAAGGAUCCAUACAGGGGAGAAGCCCUAUAAAUGCAUGGAGUGUGGAAAGGGCUUCACCCGACAUAAUGGCCUUAUUUCCCAUAAAAGACUCCACACGGGGGAAAACCCAUAUAAAUGCAUGGAGUGUGGAAAGGGCUUCAGGACAAGCAGUGAUCGUACAUCCCAUCAAAGCAUGCACACAGGAGACAAGCCAUAUAAAUGCAUGGAGUGUGGAAAGGGUUUCAGAGCACAUAAAGAUCUUAGAUCCCAUAAAAGGAUUCACACAGGGGAGAAGCCAUAGAAAUGCAUGGAGUAUGGUAAGAAUUUCAGCCCACACAGUACUCUUAGUUCCCAUAACAUGAUUCAUAGACGUGAGAAGUCAAUCCCCAAAACAAAGAUACAUUUGGGUGAGAAUGUAUGCUAAUUAUAUAUUAAUGAGCUCAAUAUAUCGAUUUCCAAUUUACACAGACUGAACUCUGAAAAGAAGUAUUUUGUCUGUUUCAUCCUUCUAACUUAGAGGCCUAGAGAGAUUAAUUUAGUAUAAGUUCAUUUUAUUUUAUUUUUUAGAAAUGCACUUCCUGCUCCCCAAUUGUCAUGUUUCUCCCACUUGGUCAUAGCUCUCAGAAGGAUGUGAAGACAUUCAACAGGUGCUGCUUCCCCAAGCACAAAUGAAAAAAUAAAAUAAAAAUCAAAUGUGCACCCUUGAUGUAGAACUGGGGCACCCCAAAACUAAUCAAAUUUGCAUGCUCAGUGUACAACUGAGACCUGAGUCAACCAGUAUCUGUGCAGAAACAGGAAACAUUAUUAAUUCCAAGGCCUGAAAAUGUAUGAGGAAAUUGUCACAUGCACAUCAAUGUUUAGCAUCUGGGAAGAACUGAAACGAUGAAGAAUUCCUCUCUCAAAAAUGAAGCUGGAAUGACCAGAAGCCCCACAAGUGAUUGUCCAAUUUUUUUCAAGCAUUUUGCUGUUCUAUAGUGUGAUGAGGACUAAGAAGAAGUCUAAAUUUGAUUUAAAUAAAAUUAAAUAUCAAUGCUAUGGUUAUGUUUGAGUCAUGUAUUAUACUCAUGUAUUAAACUCUUUAGUUGCUUUAAAUAUGUAUUAACACAUGAAAAUUUUUGGAAGGAUUUGAGAAGCUCAUGUUUGAAGCUUUUUAUUCAAUUGUCAAUCAUUCUGUGUCAAGAAACUGAAAAUAGCAGAGAGGUUAACUGAAUAAAGAAACUGAAAA